AUGGUUAAAGUGGUAUCUCAUCCUAACCAUCACCGAACUAUGGUAUUCCCAAAUUUCAACGAGCCUGUGCCAGCUGAGAAUCAGGCUGGGGAGGCUCUUCCUGCAGCCGCUCUUCCUGUAUCCGCUCAACCUCCUGCAGCCGCUGCAGCCACUCAACCUGCAGCUGCUCCAAACCAAUUUUGA